AGUUGCGGCUAACCUAAAGGCAUUUAAACUGUAAAACGCACUAAUUACAAAUUUUUUUUUCAAAAAUGAAAGCAAUUCUGUGAUAAAUUAUUUCUUAAAUAGUUGUAUAUAUUAUUUGUGAAUACUUAUGAGUAAUAACAUACAUAUUAUAUAAAAACAUGUAAUUUGAGUUUUGUGCGAUUAACAUUUUACACCACGUGAAGUAAAAAAAAAAAAAAAAAAAUUGCUUACGAUUCUUUAUUUGAGAAUGGAGGGCGACAACACAUUUAAUUGCAGUGGAAAAGUGAAUUUUACCGAUUGGCAAUUAAAUAAUACGAGUUUAUUUUCAAAAGAAGUGGAAAAUUUAUUUCUUCCAAAAAGAGAUUAUGCAUUUUCUGAUGUUCAAGUUAAACUUUUUGAUUGCUUUGUACCAGGUGCUACAGCAAUUUUAAAUCUUAAACAUUUUAUUAAUUGUAUGGAAAUGAUUUUAAAACAGUUUAAUAGAAAAGAAAAAUAUCAGAUUAAUCAAUUUUCAUCAAAGAGCAAUGAAGACUUUUAUUCACUUCGAAAAUAUGUUUGUGAAUUUAUAACUUAUGUUCGCGCAUAUUUAAACAGUAUUAAAUGGGACAGUUACACUUUAAAGGAAAUUAGCACUGAAAUAGAAGAAGAUUUACAAGAACUAUUAUGCACAAUUAGACGAUUUUUUAGUCGCCUGCAAAGCAUUCCAGAUUCAAUGUUCCAUUAUGCUGCUUCUCAUCUCGGAAACAAAUGUUCCCAACCCGAGUUUCACGUGUAUCACAUGCAUUUGGAAUUAAGAUGGCUCUACGUAACGUUGAUUUAUGCUCGAAAUAUUUGUUGGCAAAAUUCAAUAAAUGAUCAAUCAGAAGAAUUGGACAGAACAUUUGAACUUAUUGUCAAUGAUUUAAUUUACAUGUCGAUGAAAGUAUUUGCAAGGAUUCCACUGUCAGAAUUAAAAAUAAAAACACCUUACAGUUGUACUUGCGUUAGAGAAUUAUGGCUUAUGCUUCAAAUUCUUAUAGAUGAUCAUGCUGUGAGAAGAAAUUCAAAGAACUUUUGGGAUUAUGUAAAUCUUAUUUUAAAUGAUAUUUUACUGAAAAAUAGAACUCAAGGGAAAGCAUCUUGGAUGACAAAUUUGGAGAAUAAUUUACCGGAUUGCAUAAAUCCAGAAUUGUUUUCAAUUUGGUUGAUUUAUCACAUGACAUUGCUUUAUGGAUACGAUAUUGAUGGUUUUUAUUUGCUGUCUCGUUCAAUACGGAUCAAGGAGAAUUAUGAGCAAGUAGAAAAAAUUUUAAAGGCCUACGUCAAUAAAGGUGGAAAGGAUGGCGAACGAGACGAAAUAGAUGAGGAGUUAAAAAUAAUGAUACCAUUAUUAAGAAUUAUUUCAACAGAAUGGUGGCAACCAAGAAUGCAAAUUCUUUCCUUUUUUUGGGAUUGCUUUCAUCGUCGUCUCGAUCAACCAUUUCUCUUGCAAACUUCCGGUCCCUGGUCAAUAUCUCUCGAAAAAAAGUCACCAGCCGAUAUUUUAAAGCAAAUUAGAGAGAGAUUGGAAAGUGAUUGUGAACAAAACAAAGAAUCUAGUUAUGGCAUGUUUUUACGAUUUUUGGGUACAUUUUUGCGUAAAUAUCAAAACGAUCCAAAAUAUUGGAAUCAAAUGAAGGGUCGAAUAUUUUCUAAAUUGACAAAGGGAAAAGUAGAAACUUAUUCUGUUGCCGGAAUGUAUAAUUUUAUUUCAUUAUUUUUGACUCUCGCUGUAACAGUUGAUACCGAAAGUGUCUGUACAGUUAUGUUAAAUUUGUUGCCAUCUAUAUCCGAAUGGAUUAAUGUUGAUGGAAAAAAGUGCAAUUUAAUUUGGAAAGCACAACUUGCUGUUCUGAUAUUAUUUAAGGAACAGAGAAUUAAUAUUUGUGGAUUUGCGGAAACUUUUACAACCGGGCUGAAUCUCAUAUGUUGUCAAAAAGAUGAUAAUUCAGCAUCAAUGAUGACAUGUUAUGUUGAUGUUUUAAAUAUGAUUUUAAAUACAAGUGAAAAAUUAGAUCAAGGCGAACAUAUUUUGAUUGGCGGUUGGAUUGAUCGUUAUUUUUCUGAUUGUUCGAGAAAUAUGUUUGGUAAUUUAACACAAAUACUCAUAGAUGUUUUUCAAAAAUGCCAUCAACUCAUCAAUAUGGAUGUUAAUCAUGGAGGUGUUAAAUUAGUAUUGGACGCCUUGUGGUGUCACGUUGCUUGUAGAAUUCGACAAUUAGUUCUCGAUCCCUCUAUUAGUGAUUUUUAUUUAAAUUUGACAAAACUUGCGGUAUUUUUUACCAUUGAUGCUUUAAAAGAACCAGCGAUUGCAAAAAAAUAUAAACAUUCAGCUACGACUCUUUUUAAACAUUUCACAUCAUUUUAUGUUAAAGAUGCAAGAUUGUCUCGUUUGUAUCUUUCGUUUAUUUUGAAUAACGACUCCGCAGUUCGUGCACUUAAAACAGAAAUUCUGGAUUUUGAUCUUAUUACUGUCCAAAUUUGGAUUCGCAGUAGUAUUUUAAAUUUUUCACCUGAAGACGAUUCAAAAAUUUUAAUGCAAUACAUUCAGAAUUUGGAGAUGGUGAGGGAAAUAUUGAAAUUUAAUCAAGAGUCAAAAGAACCGAUUAUUGACUUUAUUAUGGCAUUGGCUGCAAAACGAAAUAAAUUAAAUAGCGAACAAGAAAAAAUGCAAUUUGACAUGAAAUGCAAAGAAUAUUUUAAAAACAUCGAUAAAUGGAUUCUUUUGCCAAUACAAAAGGAAAAUAUCACAUCGAAACAUUCCUUUUGGAUAUACAGAUGUGUGGGAACAUUAAUUAUUUGCUGCGCUCCAACAAUGUACAAUCGAAAUCAAGGGAAUAAUAUGCUUCGACUUUUAAUUAAUAAAGUUGCAUUACCUGCGGAAAAUUCACCACACAGUUAUGUGACUGUUGUGGCAAAACAAAUAUUUUCUAUGAUUAUGUUGGGAAUUGAAAAUCUUCAUGUUAAUUCUGAUAUGGCGUUGCAAGUUUUAAUUAGAGAUCUUUUCGAUCAAUAUUUACCAUUAUUGAUCACUGAAUUGAGUUCAAAUAAUUUUAAAGUCACCGAUUCAUUAUUAAAAUGUUUUUCCGAGGUAAAACUUGAAUUUAGUCGAAUUAUUUUUGAAAAAUUAUCCGAUCAUUUUAUCGUUGUACCUGCUGAUAAUACAACGCACAAACAUUGUUUCUUGGUAAUGAUUCUAUUGAGGAAUUUAUUAAAAGGAGGUAUUGCCUAUCCAAAAUAUGUAUCAGAACAAAUAAUAUCGAUAUGUACACCGAAUGUGAUUCGUUGUUAUUUGAAAGUUCACACAUUACAUCCUCAUCGAAAGCAAACAAUCGAAUUCAUUCAAAAUGUUUUAUCGAAUUAUCACUACAAACAAAAUCCAAAUAUGAGUGAAUUAUUUUACAAUGUCAUAUUGAAUGGUGUGCAAAAUUCUCUUUUGGCGAGUGUAAAAUCGUCAUUUGAAUUUUUAACUUCCGUUGCGGAUACUAAUGUCGAGUUGAUAAAAUCCUUGUUACCACAUAUCGAGAGAAUUGUUGUGGAUCAGGAAAAAAAUAAAAGACAAAAUGCAGCAGCUCUUCGAUAUUCCUUGAGUCAACUUCAGCAAAGAAUGAAAAGUACUUAGUUGCUUUCAUUGUUAAAAUGUUAAUAUUUAUAUUUAAGUUUUACUUUUUUAUUUAUUUAUUUAUAAAUAAUAUUUUAAUUUGAAUAAUUCUGAAUUAAUUUGAUUUUUAAAUACAUUUUUCUUCCGAGACUGAAUGAAUUAAAAUAAUGAACUCUGUGGAAAUUUUGUAAUUUAGUAAUUUAAUGCACACAGUAAAUUUUUAAUUACACUCGUUUAUAUUAGUCUA